UUCACUGGGUACCUGGCUUUAUGUUCACAACUUCAGUCAACGUGGCACUCCAUCUCCCGGUCUCUGGUCUCCGGUGGAAUGUCUUCCACGCCAAACAGUCGCAGUGAUUAUUCCCUUCCGCGAUCGCGAGGCGCAUCUACGUGUCUUUCUCAAUCACAUGCACACGUAUUUCCGCCAUCAGCAGUUGUCGUAUACUGUUUUUGUGAUCGAACAGGUCGGCAAAACGAUUUUCAACCGUGCCGCUUUGUUUAACGUUGGCUUCCUCGAGUCCGAUCGGCUGGCGCAAUUCGAUUGUUUUAUCUUCCAUGACGUGGACUUACUUCCUCAAGACGAUCGGAUUCCGUAUCGGUGCACUAAACAACCAAUCCACUUAUCCGUCGCACUGGAUAAAUUUAAAUACAAAUUGCCUUACCCCACUCUAUUUGGUGGUGCAAUUGCACUAACACGCGAUCAAUUCAAGCGGGUACGUGGUUUCUCCAACUGCUUCUUUGGAUGGGGGGGCGAAGACAAUGACAUGUACAUUCGCGUGCGUCAUUACGGAUAUCACAUUUUCCGGUAUCCUCCUUCCAUCGCUCGGUACACAAUGCUUUCGCAUACUCGUGAGAAGCUCAACCAACCGAAUCUAGUCAGAUACAAUUUGCUGUUGAAAUCCAGAGAGCGGCUGCUAACUGAUGGGUUUCCGGAAACGGAUUAUACGCUAAUCUCUGCCAAACCGAUGCAUGGUGGUCUGGUUUAUUGGAUCGCGGUGGAUUUGGCCGAAAACAGAAUACGGCACAAGUUUAACUUGACAAUCAGUUGAUGCUCCGUCGUGCCGUGUGCGCUCUGUAAUGCGAAAUUUCCAAUCACCAAACGCUUCUGCCCUGGAUUCUACACGGAACGCCACUUCGCAUGGGCUCGACAGGGACCUCGGAAUACGUGGCUGAUCCUCCUGAGCCGCCCUGCUUCAUUUUGGUACACACUUGCCAAUCAUCCCAACUAGGUGAAUACACCCUGUCUAGUCCACUCAUCUGCCCCGCUCACCCGUUAAAUCGGUUUGUACAAUACCCAAAUCACUAUCUCUACCCUGUAUAACCUUAUGAUUCUUAUAGUCGCACUGGUUUAUUGCACAAACUCAGGCAAGUAUGAACCUUUUACAUUAACAUGUUGCUCAAUCAUGGGUAAUUAUGUGAUUUCUCUUUCCUGCCCUCUCAUAAGUAUCUUUCCUCUCUCUUCCAUGCUUUCCUUACAGAACCACUAUCAACAUUUAAUUUUCUAUACUAAGUGCUGACAUUUUGCAUGACCAAAAGAUA